AUGACGACGCUAGUACCCCAAAGCGAUCUCAUCUCCUAUGGCCCCGACGCCAAUUGCGUCCUGGACACGUCCUCGCCCUACUAUUGUCCUGCCUCCGCCUCCGUUUACGCCUACCGACCAUCACUGCCAGCCAACAUCAUAUUCCUGAUCAUCUUCUUCCUCUUCCUCGCAGUCGAAGCCGUCCGCGGGUUCCGAUGGCGAACAUGGUGGUUUUCCGGCGCCAUGAUCUUCGGUUUCAUCUGUGAGAUCCUAGGCUAUGGCGGAAGGAUUAUGCUGUGGAUCAACCCCUUCUCGUUCAACGGCUUCAUGCUCCAGAUCACCACAAUCACCCUGGGUCCAGCAUUUUUCUCAGCCGCCAUAUACUUCACCCUGGCCAAGAUCAUCGUCUACAUCGGACGAGAAUACUCGAGAAUACCACCGAAGGCAUACUACUACAUCUUCAUCCCCUGCGACCUCAUUUCCUUAUCCCUGCAGGGCACAGGCGGUGGGCUCUCCUCCAGCUCCAGCGGUGGCAGCAACGUUGCCGUGGACGUCAGUAUUGCCGGUCUGAGCUUCCAGGUGGUCACACUGUGUGUCUUCAUCGCUCUGGCGACAGACUACGCCAUCCGUGCAGCAAAAGGCCGCAAGCGAGCAGGAUCUGAGACCGCGAUUCCUCUGUCGAGAAGCUUCAAGCUAUUCAUCUUCUUCCUUGCCGCAGCAAUCCUGUUCAUCCUCAUUCGAUGUGGGUACAGAAUUGCAGAGCUGAAGGGAGGCUACACUGGGCCUGGCAGCGACAUCAUCCGCGAGGAGGCGCCUUUCAUUGCACUGGAGAGUGUCAUGAUCAUCCUGGCUGCGACUUGUCUGGCGAUCGCGCAUCCGGGCCCAGUGUUCCGGGAGACGUCAGGAGGUGUUGAGCAGACCGCGGUGGAAACGAAGGCAUGA